CUACGAUGAUGAUUAAGAUCGCUCUCUUGAUUCUGGUCUCCGGCUGCUGUCGGUGCGAACAAGGAGCUGUUGAGAAUAAUGACAAACUCAACGCGUGUCCGGGAUCAGCAGGCUGCCGGGACACUGACAUCUACCCCAUUUCUGUGAAAGUGGGCGCUCUGGAGGAGAAAAUGUCAAACAUGGCAGAAAAAAUUACGUUUUUGGAGAGCAGACUGCAAAACGCGGAGAAACAGGUCCUGGAGCUGCAGAGCCUCGGAGGGACCCCACAGGUGGCUUUCUCGGCAACUCUCAGGGAUACCGGCUCCGGAGACACAGGACCUUUCACCACUGCUAUACCACUGCAAUAUAAAAAGGUUUUCUCCAACGCUGGCAACAGUUACAAUCCUUCAACAGGUAUUUUCACAGCAAUGGUCGAUGGGAUGUAUUUCUUCCGAUUCUCGAUGUUCAACAACCUCAGAUCCACUCCCAACUCAGUGGUGUGUCUCAAGAAGAACAGCGAGCUGCUGACAUCCGUGUGGGACACCUCCGGGUCAGACGGCAAUGACAUGGGGAGCAACGCUGCGGUGGUUCCUCUGAACGUGGGAGACCAGGUCUACGUGGAGCUGCAGGCCAACAGGAUCAUCUACGACGACGGGAUGCACUACAACAGCUUCACCGGCUUUCUGCUCUUCACCCUGUGAAUCAGACAGCAGCAUUCCUCUGCAAAGCUGUCAAAUAGAUGUAUCGUCUGUUCUGUAUUCUUCUUGAUUUUAGCAAGUCCAACUUAAACACAGUUGAUAAUAAACUAUGGUUUAAAAAAGA